UUUACUACAAGCGAUGUGCUCUGGAGGACAAUCUAUACUGACAUUGUGGCGGAACGGACGUGUUAUAGAACUCGGAAAGCGACAAUUCGCUGUCCGACUUUGAUGUUGGUUAUAUACGUGUACCGAUGCAGGGCGGCUUCACAAGGACCAUGAUAAUAUCGCUGUAGAUACACGACCAUACCGCGAUGGAGACCCCUUUUGCCGCUCCGUGGCAGCAGUUCGUCGAGGAUUUGGGGCAAACCCCAUGUCUCCCAGGGAAGGAUUUAAACAGCGUUUUGGCCGGCUGGGGACAGCUGGCUGGUACAUUAGCUACGCGAUACGGAUUUCCUCCACCCGAUGAGAGCGUGACGACCGAGGAUGUCCAGCUAGAUGGACUGUGGCUGCGUUGCUACACCCCCCCUAACGCGACGGGCCAGGGACCAGUGGGCCUCUACUUUCAUGGGGGAGGUUGGGUGAUGGGAGGAGUCAAGGAAGAAGAUGGUUUCUGUCGCGUUAUCAGCCGCCAAUGCCAGAUGCGCCUGGUCAGCGUGGAAUACCGCAAGGCUCCUGAGACUCGCUAUCCUGGCGCGCUGAAUGACGGCGUGAGGGCUGCUCUCUGGGCUCUAUCGCGCUAUGGGAACCAGCCACUGGUCUUGAUGGGCACGUCCGCCGGCGGGAAUCUGGCCUUUGGCACGGCGCUGCGACUGAUCGACCAAGACAUGGUGGAUAAGGUCGGCGGGGUGGUGGCGUUGGCGCCCAUCACCGUGCACCCGGAUGCAGUACCCGACCAUUUGAAGGAGCAGUACACGGCGUAUGAGGAGAAUGCGGAGUUGACAGUGAACUCGCGGGCUGCCAUGCAGGUGUUUUUCAAUUGUUACAACGCGCCAGUGGACGACGUCUACACCUCCUGCCUUCUGCAUCCGAGAUUGCUUGCUCUGCCAAAGGUGUAUAUUGCCGAGCUGGGCUUGGACACGCUACGAGAUGAUGCCAGGUUGAUGAAGGGGGCACUGGACAUUGCCAAGGUGCCGGUUAUGUACGAUGCUUAUCCAGGAUAUCCGCAUUGCUCGUUCAUGUUUCCUUUUCAAUCUCUGGGCGAGCAUCAGAGGGCUUUUUUGGAGGGAGUAGCUAAGGCAGUACGAUGGAUGUCGUAGUAGCGUACAGUACAUAGGCAUAUUGAUGUGGGAGAGAAACAAAUAAUAAUGGAUCUGAUACUACGGUAACAAGAAUACUAGUAACACUCAGCCUGCCUACUCUGCCAAUGGAUGAGCUGUCGAAAUGGUUGGGCUACCAGGCUUUCGGAAAGCGAUCAUGUUGUAAGGCAGUCCAGAGAUUUUGACUUCAUCCCUUAUAAACUGCGAAUAAAGAUUCUAGCUGGUCGAAC